AUGGGUACCUUCGGCGUUUGGUCUGCCUAUGGAGCUGUUGGAAGAUCAAUUCGAAUUGCCUUCGUGGCUUCCAGCAUUCUCAUCAUUGCCUACUCCAUAGCUUGUAUAGUCUAUGGAUCAUGGCUGGCCUCGUCGCGAGGGCAAUAUGCCGAACUGCUCUCUCCGUCGCUCUACGUUGAUGUAGCCAGAAUUCUCUUCGUCGUAUCAGCAAUUACCAUUGUCAAUCAACUGAUCUGCAUGUAUUCCGUGUUCAAGGAAUUGCGAUUUUGGGUUUACGCGUGUGCAGUGACGUCGCUAAUUAUUUUCGUUAUGUUAUUCAUCGGUGGCAUUAUGGGUCUAGUAUUCCGAUCUCAGCUUACUAUGCAAAUUCCACUUCGUCUGAAGAUGCUGACGUCACUCAGGGAGCUGUAUGGUACAUCAGAUAUGGAGCAAGUCACUGAUGCUUGGGAUCAACUGCAGUCAAAUUUCAAAUGCUGUGGUGUAGAUGGAAAUGAUUCGCUCGUAAUUUGGCGAACAUCUAAGUGGUACAUGCAUCAGAAACCGCCGAAACCAGUUCUGCCUGCAUCCUGCUGCGUACCGGGAAAGGAAGAGCAGUGUCGCUCUGGAAAUCUACAGAAUCCUGACACAAGCACGACAUACACCAAAACAUGCUAUAUGCCAUUAAGAACAGAUUUGCUCUAUGUGGUGCACGUUGCUGCUUGGAUGUCGUUGGCAGCCAGUGUGUUGCAACUGAUUCCCGCCAUACUUAGCUCUUGGUACGCAAGACUAAUCAAAAAGUGAAACGAAUAGCAUUUCACUGGCAGUAUUCCAAGUGCAAUUCGUGCCCACUGACAGUAUUACCCUGUGCUCCGUAUCUUGUACAUAUGCUUGUUGUAAUUAAUGAACUUCUAUGUUGAAAUUUUCUUGAACCAAUUUUUCAAUUUCAUUGCCUUAUGCGUCACUUAAUAAAUCUA